AUGUAAAACAAAUAAGAAUAGAAUGAUAGUGAAAUCUUGUCUUAAAAUGAUGAUGGUAACGGUGAAAUAAUAAAUUUUGAUUAAUUUGAUGACGAUGAAUAAGAAAUCAUUAUACCUUUUGAUAACAGCAAAUAAUAAUAAAUACAAUAAAAUUUUGGAGAUUAAUUUUAAGUCUAGAAAUAAUAAAGAGAUGAAGAAUAAGUGAUUUAGGAUAUAGUUUAAUUUAAACAGGAUGAUGAAUAAGAUAAUAUAGCAAAUUUUGGUAGUAUGCAUCGUGAUGAAGACUUUUAGAGUUGGAAGGAUGAGAAUAAAUAAAAUGAUUAAAAUGAAUAAGUUUAAUAAACAAAUUAGAUUGAUGCAAUGACUGAGAGAUAAGAAUAAUAAGGUUAAAUUAUAUAUUAACCUGAUAUAAUUUAUGAUAUGAAAGAGUUCUUAUAAAAACCAAUUGAUCAAUGUAAAUAGAUAAUUUGAAUAUUUUAUUAGAACAUUUGAUAUAAUUGACAUUAGUUAAAGAUAAAAGUGGCACAAACAAAUUUCAUCCUAAAUUUCUAUUGUAUUUGAGUGGUUAAUAGAAAAUAUUUCUGUGUUCAGCAAAACGAUAGGCUUUCAGUUAACAAAUUCAUUAUGUUUUAUCUAUACUUUAAGAUAAAUUUGAUAGAAAACAUAAGUCUUGUUUAGGAAAAAUAAAAGGAUCUGGUGGUGUAUUUAAAUUAUUUGACACUGGUGAUAAUCCUAAAGAUGCAAAGUUUUUGGAUAAAGUAAGAAAGGAAUUAUGUUUAAUAAAUUUUUAAAAUUCAAAAUAGACUGGACAAAUUAGAUAGAGUGUAAUAAUACCUAAGAUUAAAGAUGGAUAAGUUUGUGAAUUUAAACCAUUAAAUGAUACAGAUGGAUUGUUGAAAGCCUAUUAUUCAUUGUAAUAUAAGGAUUAAAUUAUGCAUUUUAUGAAUAAGAAUCCAAUUUAUAAUAAGGAGAAGAUGAAAUAUCAAUUAUAAUUUAAUGAUAGAGUAACUAUGCCAUCAGUAAAGAAUUGUAUAAUUUAUGAUAUCAGUUGCACAGAUAAAAAUAAAUUUGUAUUAUAAUUUGGAAAAUGUGCAAAAAAGACUUAUUCAGUUGAUAUUUGUCAUCCUUUUUCUAUUUUAUAAGGAUUUGCAAUAUGUAUAUCAUAAUUUGAGAAAAAAAAUUGA